AUGAUGGAACUUCAAGCAUUGAUUCAGCUGGUGAGUGAUUACCACCCCGGGGAAGAGAACUCGACGUCGCAUUCGUCGCUUUUGAGUGCUGUGCAGCAACUUAAGGCGGCCCUGACGGACAUUGAAAAGAUCGGCGAAGGCAUUCGUCCCCUUGUAAGGGCACUUGUUACCGCGUCUGUGCAUCUCCCAGAGGAGUGGGAUGAUAUUCUAAAAGCCCUACGUGGUGUGCUCACGAAUACGGGUGUGCCGUGGCUGCAUCGGGCCUUUUUACUUAAGACCCUCCCACGCAUGCUCCUUGAUGCACCAACGGACCGGUGGAAACAAUACGGGGAUGUUCUUUGCGAGGUGCUUGUACGCUCGUCUAUGCCCCCACCGGGUCUGGAGGAGGGCGAUGCGCAGAACACACAGGACGAGGCAUCACAGCAUCCCAACCCACAAGAACGGCGCGUGGCGGUGACGGCUCUUCUGAGCCUUCAAGAAGAGUGCGCUGCCGCGAUUGUGGAAAGGCUGGUGACGCAACUUCCUCAAGCACUGUCAACGUGUGUGGCAAUUGUGUCGAGCCCUUCCGCUCAGGACGGGCUGAAAAAGGCUUUUGAGGCUUGGCUCUGCCGUCCAACUUCGUCAGCAGAUGCAUCCUGCGCGAUGGAAAUUGAAAAGGCAUUGAAGGAGCAUUUUCAGGGCUACGGUGGUCCAAAGUGCGAGCAGCUUUGCGCCGCGCUCAUAUCAAGCGAGCCGCUAAGAAGUCUCACUGAGAUUGCUGCCUUGCAGAAGGACCUGUCGGCACUGGCGGAGGUGGAUGUGUCGCAUCGCAACAUUGUCAGCAACCGGCUUUCUUUGGCGUUUCUACUGACGAAGGCUACUGAGGUAUUGGACCUCGUGUACUCAUCCGAGCAGAAAUGCCUAGAGAAGGGUGUAGAAGACUUUACUUUGCCGUUAUCUGCCAUUCAGUUGCUUGUACAGCUAACGGACACGGCAUCUGUGACACCGGAGAGUUUGAGUAUUCAAGAAAUGCAAAGGCUUUCGGCGUGUCUCCUGGCAGUUAAAAAUGCAGAUGCCGCCCUGGAUGCCUCUCUGCCGCUCAUCGAGUGCACACUCCACCUUGUUCUUCGUGGACUGCCGUGCCUGUCAACAACAGAUGAGGGCGUGAGACCUCUGCUGAAUGAUCUCCUUGGCGUCACAAGCACGUUGCUGCCCGUUGUGGAGGACGCUGUGCUGAAGAUCCACUCCGCUGUUCCUCUUCUAUGUGAUCAGCAGCACGCCAUUAAUACCAAGGCAGUUGCAGAUGACGUGGAGGGCUCAGUGCAGACGGCACAAACCACAUUUAGAGCACUGCGGGUGGCCCAAACGGUUGUGCAGUUGUGCCGUAUUUUUAGGAAAAAAAUACAAAACUAUGAAGAGAAGCAGCGCGAGGGCGAAUACCCACGUCAUAAUCUUGAGGAGCUCGCUGCAGCGGUGCGCGGUAUUACCCCGUCAUGGAGAAGAGAGAAGAAAAAAAUACAACGUUUACCGGUAUUAACAAACCCACAGUCACGUCGGGGGAUUGCGCACGCUGCGGGAAACAAAAAAGAAACGCAUCAUUCAUACAAACAACCACGUCAUGUCGAUGGGGGCGGCGUGCAUCCCCCCUCACGGCGGCACCGCCGUGACAAACCUCUGCUGUAG